AUGAAACCACGGUUAUUUUCUACUUUCCGGUGUCUCCGGCAUGAGAACCCUCUGGGUCUCCCACGCACCGGCACACCGCCGCAAAUUCCCCGGAUGCAGCGCGGACUUCCGCAGAAGAGGAGCAUACGCGAUGUGAAGAAAGUCAUUGCCGUGAGCUCUGCAAAGGGUGGAGUAGGGAAGUCCACAAUCGCCGUGAAUCUCGCCCUCUCCUUCGCCCGCAGCGGUCUCCGCGCCGGCAUCCUCGAUACCGAUAUCUUCGGCCCUUCGAUCCCUACGCUGCUCAAUCUUUCCGGUGAACCUAGACUCUCGGAGAAUAACCAGUUGGUACCGCUUUCCAACUAUGGCCUCAAGAGUAUGUCGAUGGGAUACCUCGUUCCAGAGGCAGCGCCGGUAGCAUGGCGCGGCUUGAUGGUCAUGAAGGCAUUGCAACAACUGCUACAUGAAGUCGAGUGGGGCGGGUUGGACGUCCUUGUAUUGGACCUGCCGCCUGGGACUGGCGAUGUGCAGUUGACGAUUACGCAGCAGGUGAAUGUUGACGGCGCCGUUAUAAUAUCCACACCGCAGGAUUUGAGCUUGAAGGAUGCCAUCAAAGGCGUGGAGUUGUUCCGCAAAGUCGAUGUGCCGAUUCUAGGACUCGUGAGCAACAUGAGCGGAUUCAAGUGUCCGGGUUGCGGAGAGAUACACUCCAUAUUUGGGCCGAAUGAUAAGAUCAGGAGCAUGUGCGAGAAGUAUAAAUUGAGGCUGCUGGGGGAGGUACCUUUGCAUCCCAAGAUUUGCGAGGAUGCUGAUCGAGGUAAACCUACUGUAGUGGCUGAGCCGGAAAGUGAGCACGCACGUAUAUUAAGAGAAAUCGCUACAAACAUAGCUAGUCUCAUGCCGGUGAAUUAA